GCCCACAGUUGCGCAGUUGAGUCCGGAGAUCCAACGCACUAAGAGCUCACGCAACCAAAUAGAAGUGUUCAUACAACUGUUAUAACCAUGGCAAACAUUCUCGACGUUUCGACCCCAGAUAACCUCCAGUACCAAUUCUUCCCGGUAUCCAGCGGAUCCGUACAAUUCAAAAUAAGAGCUGCCAAUGACGCUCAUAUUGCUUUAACCAUGGGACCACAAGAAUCGGAUCCCAUGAUCGAGAUAUUUAUUGGUGGUUGGGGUAAUACCAAGAGCGUUAUCAGAAGAAACAGAACAAAGCCCGAUAAAGUUGAAAUUGAAACCCCCGGGAUUCUGAAUGCUGGCGAAUUUCGCGGCUUUUGGGUGAGAUGGGAUGGCGGCAUCGUGUCUGCUGGACGUGAAGGAGAAUCUAUUCCUUUCAUUUCCUGGUCCGACCCGGAACCAUUUCCGAUAGGUUUUGUUGGUGUUUGCACAGGUUGGGGGGCGUCUGGUACCUGGAAAAUCGAAGAUGGAGCUGAAUUCAAUACACCGGACAAAUUAGAGUAUAAAUUUGGACCCGUCGCUGCUGGGUCUUUGGAAUUUGAGUACCGUGGAAAACACAACUGUCACAUUUGCCUCACUCCGGUACCAGCUGAAACCGAUCCUAUGUACGAGAUCAUUCUCGGUGGAUGGGAAAAUACUCAAUCCGUCAUUAGGCACUGUAGACAAAAACCAGAUAAGGUUACUGUCCCGACUCCCGGUCUCGUGAACCCCAAUCAAUUCAGAAAGUUUAUCGUCCAAUGGCACUGCGGCAAAUUGUCAGUUCGCGAUGGAAGUACUGGCGCUGUGUUAAUGGAAUGGAUAGACCCGUCACCUUUUCCCAUCACUCACUUCGGCGUGCGCACUGGAUAUGGCACAACAGGACAAUGGCGUAUUUCACACUUCUAUAGAGAUGGCGCAAGACCACUUCCUCCAACAGCGCCACCAGCAGCGGCUCUGUACAGCUCUCCUCCUGGCUACCCUGGCGCCCCCCAUGUAGGAGGCGGUGCGCCUAUGUAUGGUGGUGCUGGUGUCUGGGUGGACAUGACAUCCGGUCAAGUACCGCCAGGUGCUGUGGUCGGAGGACAAGACUGUUCGGGUGAACCGCUUUACGUGGCCAGAGCACAGCACCAAGGAGCCCUUAUUCCUGGAAAACUAGUUUCCUCUCAUGGAUGCGCUUAUGUAGCUUGGGGCGGACAAGAACACGGAAAGCCUGAGUACCAGGUGCUAGUCGGAGGCCCUAACAACUGGGUGCCGACCAGUGGAUCGAAUAUCCCGCCUCGCGCGUUCCCAGGAGGCCAAUCAGAAGAUGGUGAACCUCUCUUCGUUGGUAGGGUUCGCCAUGAAGGUAGCGUUACAACUGGAAAAGUUCAACAAUCUCAUGGAGUAUGCUACAUCUCUUUCGGAGGCCAAGAAUUAGGUUUCCCCGACUAUGAGGUCCUCGUGUCUUAAGUAAUUAUAAAAAAAAGUAACGCCUUAGACACCAUGUCUUGAAAUUAAGCUGCUUUCUAAAUUGUGUGACUUAUUACUUGUAAUAAUAAGACAUAUUUAAUUAUUCACACUGUGCCUGGUAAUCUUUAUAUGUUUAAGCACUGCGUAAAAAUGUAGUUGUUAUUGAUUAUUAUGUAACGAUCGUGUUAUAUUUUAUUAAAUUAUUUUUAAAGUACAA